GUAACUGCACCAGAAUCUAAACCCCCUGAAGAAAAGAUGGGUGAAAAAAAUGAAAAAAUACCAUUAACAAUUAGUGAUCACCAUGGAGGGACCUAUGAAUCUUUAGUAUCAAGAGAUAAUUCAAUUAUUUAUUGUUGCCACGGUAAUGCAGCAGAUGAAUGUUGCCAAAAUGGAAUAUCUAAAUCAACCGAAAAAAUACCAAAAAAAGAAAGCAUAUUAGUAGAUUCUCAUUGCCACGAAGAUAAAGAAUUUGGCAUUGAUAAGAUUGCGAGACGAAAAUUAGUAUUCGCCAGUAUUCUUUGCUUAUUCUUUAUGAUUGGUGAAGCUGUAGGUGGUGUUUUAGCAAACAGUUUAGCCAUAGCCACAGAUGCUGCUCAUCUACUUACUGAUUUUGCUAGUUUCAUGAUAAGUUUGAUGGAAAUAUGGGUUGCUUCGAGACCUGCAACUAAACGAAUGAGCUUUGGCUGGUACAGAGCAGAGGUUAUUGGAGCUUUAACAUCUGUAUUACUCAUUUGGGUUGUCACUGGUAUUCUUGUAUAUAUGGCAGCUCAGAGAAUUAUUUAUGAAGAAUAUGAAAUCGAUGCCAAAGUUAUGCUGAUUACAGCUGCUGUAGGGGUUGCUGUGAACAUAGUAAUGGCUAUUUCUUUGCAAGUGGGAGGCGUUUCCCAUGGCCAUAGCCAUGGAGAUUCACCGAAGCAUGGUCAUUCUCAUGAAGGAUCAGGGAAAGAGAACAUAAAUGUUAGAGCAGCCUUCAUCCAUGUUAUUGGAGAUUUCAUUCAAAGUCUUGGCGUUUUAGUAGCAGCCUUUGUUAUUUUUUAUAAGCCAGAAUAUGCUAUCGUCGAUCCUAUCUGCACGUUCUUCUUCUCUGUUCUGGUACUUAUCACUACUUUUGCAAUUCUGAAAGAUACGCUUAAUGUUUUGAUGGAAGGAAUACCCCGUGGAAUGAAUUUUCAGGAAGUGAUGAAACUCAUCUACACAAUACCAGGAGUAGUUAAAGUCCACAAUUUGAGGAUAUGGUCAUUGAGUAUGGACAAAACCGCUCUUUCAGCACACAUUGUCAUCGCUAAAGAUGAGGAUCCCAUAUCUGUCUUAAAGAAAACAUCAAGUAUUAUAAGAAAAGAGUUAGGAGUGUUCGAUUUGACUUUGCAGGUGGAAGAAUAUCGAGAUGACAUGGUAAACUGCAAUCAGUGUCAAGAACCGAAAGAUUGAAAAUGAAACCAUUUUUAUUGUACAGUUUUCAGUUCGAGGAGUGAGCUAUGUUUUGUUUGGUUUGGUUUAAGUUUUGAAGAUUAAUAUUGUUCGUAACAUUGUUAAUAUUUUUUAAAAGGUACCAUUCUGCCAAACUUUGUUUUAAAGUGUACCAUAUUGAGUUUAUAUGGAGAUGCGUAUUUUUAGCAUAAAGUUAUUUAUAUAAUAAAAUAGUUUUCUAGUUUU